CAGACUGGGUCGAGAUUUUUGGACGCAGCUUCUCGAAAGGUUUGACCCUUCCAGCGUUCCGUACGGUCUCAGUGCUUCUCGUGUUGUGUAAAUAUGUGGGUUAGGUGUAUUUAUUGAUCUGUGUGAAGAGUACCUGGUCUGUAACUCCGUGUCUUAAGUUAACUGAUAACGUUACUGUAUUCAUAAAUAAAAUGGAGACCGAAAAUCGACUCAAAAAGAGAUCUCAUGGGGAGGAUGAACGGUGUGGCUCAGAAGGAUCAGAGGAUGACGAUUAUGUUCCGUAUGUUCCAGUCAAAAUAAGAAAACAACAAAUGCUACAGAAAAUGUUACGUCUGCGAGGAAAGGCGGUGGACGAGGAGCAGAAGGACAGUGGGGAGGAGCAGCGGGAUGAGGACGAGGGUCUCGGUCCACGCUCCAAUAUCAGUCUCCUUGAUCAGCAUCAGCACCUCAAGGAAAAAGCAGAAGCCCGAAAGGAGUCAGCCAAAGAAAAGCAGCUGAAGGAGGAGGAGAAGAUUCUUGAGAGUGUUGCAGAGGGCAGAGCUCUGAUGUCUGUGAAGGAAAUGGCCAAAGGUAUCAUAUAUGAUGAUCCAAUAAAAACAAGCUGGAAAGCCCCACGCUACAUCCUGAAUAUGCCAGACACCCGACAUGAGCGCGUCAGGAAGAAGUUCCACAUCCUGGUUGAUGGAGACGGUAUCCCUCCUCCAAUCAAAAGUUUCAGGGAGAUGAAGUUUCCACCAGCAAUUCUGAAGGGUUUGAAAAAGAAGGGUAUUGUGCAUCCCACACCAAUUCAAAUCCAAGGAAUCCCCACAGUUCUGUCAGGUCGGGACAUGAUUGGCAUCGCUUUCACUGGAUCAGGAAAGACUUUGGUUUUCACUCUGCCCAUCAUCAUGUUUUCCCUGGAACAGGAAAAAAGGCUGCCUUUCUUCAAGAGAGAGGGACCAUAUGGACUUAUCAUCUGUCCUUCACGAGAAUUGGCGAGGCAGACCCAUGGCAUCAUCGAGUAUUACUGCAAACUGCUGGAGGAGGAGGGAGCUCCUCAGCUGCGCUCUGCCCUCUGCAUCGGAGGAAUGUCUGUCAAGGAGCAGAUGGAGGUAGUAAAACAUGGUGUCCACAUGAUGGUUGCCACCCCUGGCAGACUGAUGGACUUGCUGCAGAAGAAAAUGGUGAGUCUGGACAUCUGCCGCUACUUGGCUCUGGAUGAGGCUGAUAGGAUGAUUGACAUGGGCUUUGAGGAAGACAUCAGGACCAUCUUCUCCUAUUUCAAGGGACAAAGGCAAACCCUGCUUUUCAGUGCCACUAUGCCCAAGAAGAUCCAGAACUUUGCCAAGAGUGCACUGGUCAAACCCAUCACUAUUAACGUGGGCAGGGCUGGGGCUGCCAGCUUGGAUGUCAUCCAGGAAGUGGAAUAUGUCAAAGAGGAGGCCAAGAUGGUAUACCUGCUAGAGUGCCUGCAGAAAACACCACCUCCUGUGCUGAUAUUUGCUGAGAAGAAGGCUGACGUAGAUGCCAUCCAUGAGUAUCUGUUGCUAAAAGGAGUGGAGGCGGUGGCCAUCCAUGGAGGAAAAGAUCAAGAGGAAAGAACAAAAGCCAUAGAGGCAUUCAAAGAAGGAAAAAAAGAUGUCUUAGUUGCCACAGACGUUGCUUCCAAAGGUCUGGAUUUCCCAGCUAUACAGCAUGUAGUGAACUAUGACAUGCCUGAGGAGAUAGAAAACUAUGUCCACAGAAUUGGAAGAACUGGACGAUCGGGCAAGACUGGUAUCGCCACAACGUUCAUCAAUAAAGGCUGUGAUGAGUCAGUAUUGAUGGACCUGAAAGCUCUGCUAGUUGAAGCCAAGCAAAAGGUUCCGCCUGUCCUCCAGGUGCUCCAGACGGGAGACGAGACCAUGCUGGACAUCGGAGGAGAGAGGGGCUGUACGUUCUGUGGUGGUCUUGGCCAUCGUAUUACAGACUGUCCUAAGUUAGAGGCCAUGCAGACCAAGCAGGUCACCAACAUCGGACGGAAAGACUACCUGGCUCAUAGCUCAAUGGACUUCUAAGAAUUUAUCUACAAAGGGAAGAUUCUCCAAAGUUAAAUGGAACUGAAAAACAUUUCUGGGGAAAUUGUACACUUAUGUGUAAUGUCACUGAACUGAGGAAGUGUAUUUUUUUUAUCAUCAGCUACAAAUUGUUUGCAAAUCUUUUAGAUAAAAUGAUUGGUUCCUUGCACCUUUCUCCCCAUUUCUCUCAUACUUGUUCUGUAUGAGUAGCCUUUGUAACAUACAUUUUUGAUACUCUGAUAAAUGUAAAUAAAACCACUCUAUAAUGUA